AUGACUGAAAAUGCUAUAACCAAACAAUUGCUCAAUGAGGUGAUUCGACCAUUACGACGAAGUGAUAAAGGUGGUGGUUGGAAUGUAUUGGUGGUGGAUCGUUUAGCAAUGCGCAUGCUUAGUGCAUGUUGCAAGAUGCACAAUAUCAUGGACGAAGGUAUUACAAUUGUUGAGGAUAUCAACAAACGUCGAGAACCAUUGGCUAGUCUUGAUGCCAUUUAUUUGAUUGCUCCAACGAAGGAUUCUGUUGACAAAUUGAUCGCAGAUUUUACCUACAGUCGAAAUCAAUAUCGAUGUGCUCAUGUAUUCUUUACUGAAGCAUGUCCUGACCAGCUCUUUUCAACAUUAUCAAAAAGCCGUGCGGCGAAAUACAUUAAAACUCUGAAGGAAGUAAAUAUCGCUUUCACUCCAUAUGAAUCACAGGUGUAUUCGCUGGAUUCACCGGAUACAUUCUUUUUGUAUUACAACGCACAAAAACAGGGUGGUUUAACGACCAAUUUAGAACGCAUUGCAGAACAGAUUGCUACUGUUUGCGCAACACUUGGAGAAUAUCCACUUUUAAGGUACCGAGCAGAUUUUGAACGAAACGUUGAGUUGUCACAUUUAGUGCAACAGAAACUUGAUGCUUAUAAAGCGGAUGAUCCCUCCAUGGGAGAAGGUGCAGAUAGGGCUCGUAGCCAACUCUUGAUUCUCGAUCGAGGCUUUGACGCUAUCAGUCCGUUGCUUCAUGAAUUAACCUUGCAGGCAAUGACAUACGAUCUUUUGGAUAUAGACAACGACGUUUAUCGUUACGAAACAGGUGGCAAUGAUAGCAUUGAUAAAGAGGUACUACUUGAUGAAAACGAUGAUCUCUGGGUUGAAAAUCGCCACAAACACAUUGCUGUUGUUUCGCAAGAAGUUACAAAAGGGUUGAAAAAAUUUUCCGAGAGUAAUGCUGGCAUGAAAGCUGAUGCAAAAAGCAUCAAAGAUCUGUCAAUGAUGAUCAAGAAAAUGCCGCAAUACCAGAAAGAGUUGAAUAAAUUUAACACCCAUUUUCACUUAGCAGAAGAAUGUAUGCGUAAGUAUCAACAAGGAAUCGAUAAACUUUGUAAAGUCGAACAGGACCUGGCAAUGCAGGUUGAUGCAGAAGGUGAGCGAGUAAAAGAUCCUAUGAAGUUAAUGGUACCGUUACUAAUUGACCCAGCAGUUGAACCACCCGACCGUCUUCGGCUUAUUUUACUUUAUAUUUUGUCGAAAAACGGUAUUACGGAGGAAAAUUUGGAUAAACUUCUUCAACAUGCGAAUAUUGACGCGAUGGAGAAAGAUACACUGGUGAAUGCAAUGUUUUUGGGUUUGAAUAUAAUUACAGAUCAAGGACGCAAGAGAUUUUGGACACCGAGUCGUAAAGAACGUGCCAAUGAACAGUUUUACCAAUCUUCUCGAUGGGUUCCGGUUUUGAAAGACAUUUUGGAGGAUGCGAUAGACGAUAGACUUGAUAUGAAGCAUUUUCCAUUUCUAGCUGGACGACAAGCCACUCCAACAUAUCGCCCACCAACCAGUGCUCGAUAUGGUCAGUGGCAUAAAGAACGUGGACAUCAGACAUCGUACCGCUCGGGACCUCGCUUAAUUGUUUUUGUAGUGGGUGGAGUAACAUAUUCAGAAAUGAGAGUUGCUUACGAAGUCACGAAAGAUAAGAAACCGUGGGAAAUUAUCAUUGGAUCAGACCAGUUGAUAAAUCCGGCAGCUUUCCUGGAAAACCUUCGGGGGCUCAAUAAACCUCGCAAUAACUGA